AUGCCUUUUGAUUUUAACACGUAUCGAGCGAAGUGCGAGCACCUCAGUCCCGAGGAGCUCGAUCGAGAAUGGCAGAGCUAUACUCGGCAAAUAUCUGGAGGAGCUACGUUAUCAGCGUCGGCCGUCUUGCUCUCCCCGUUGACACAGGGGAUUUCCCUCGUCGGAUUGGGCUAUGCGGUGCCUCGUAUGCAUAAUGCACGGAAGAAGAUGCAAAUCGUCGAAUCCAAUCUGAUCACCCACGGCCAAAAACCUGUGACGAGAAAACGCGACGUGAUCAUCCCAGUGGCCAUUUCAGGAGCUAUGGAUGGCUUGACCUUUGGGCUGGCUGGACCUGGGGCAGAUUUGAUUGCCGGCGAAGCUGCUGGGAAAGGCAUAGAAUACCUGGGAGCACAUGUUGCAUUGGAAGUCUUUGGACAGGUCGUCGAGCAUCAUUACGACCGAGCUGCGAAGAAGCGGAAGAAGAAGCUGAUUCAGAAGAUGAGGGAUCAGGGAAUGGACCUGGAAUGCCAGGAGUUCCAAAAGCAAUAUGCAAAGGAUCCUUUUGCCUACGAGUCAGCAUCACGGGAUCAAAAUUUCGACCAUGAGGAUCAAAAAUACGAAUAUGUUCCCGCAUCACCCAUAACACCUCCACAGGAUCAAAAAUUCGACCAUGCUCCCACGCCACCUCCCUCAGAACCUCCAAAGGAUGAAAAACCCCGGAACUUGUUCACACCACCUCCCACACCCCCUACACCUCCACCACAGCAUCAGAAAUUCGAAUAUGUUCCCCCAUCACAUCCAGCACAGGAUCACAAAUUCGAAUAUGUCCCUAUAUCAGCUCCAUCACAGGAUCCAAGAUACGGAUAUAUUCUCACACCACCUCCCACAGCACCUCCCACACAGGAUCACAAAUUCGAAUAUUUUCCCAUGCCCCUUCCACCAAAGGACACAUCAGCGUACCUGCCGCAGUCUCCUCAGCAUUAUUUCGUGGCUCGAGAGUCUCAUCCUCAGACACUGUUUUGCUAUUCCUGCAGUCAGCACCUCGUGCCUGCACCAGCACCAGCACCUAUGCCAGCACCUAUGCCAGCUCCUCGCCCUCAGCCAACCCCGUCGGUGAAGCGGAAACCUGUGCCGAAACCUGUGCCUAAACCUGUGCCGAAACCUGUCCCUCAAUUUGAGGCCGGCACUCACCCGCUAUCUCCACAGCGUACUUUCCCAACUAUGGUGGCAGGCCCCCAAUCUUCUCUACUCAGCCAACAGGCAUGCAUUCCUUACAUUCUACGUCAAGCGGCUUCAACCGCCGCAAAGUUUCUAUCAGCACAAUAG